AUCGAUAUCGAUUCCGACUGUUGUGUUAGACUUUACAAAUAAAUUACAAAGAAAUCGAUCAAAAUAAAAUCAUGGAAGAAAGUCAGCCAAGGUAUGGCGCUAUGUGGACAUUCAAGCUGGUGGCACCAUACGUAAUUGGCGGCUACCUAUGCGGCCUCGCGGUAACGCUCGCAUGGAACUGGUGGCAGCUGGGCCACUUGGUUCUGGGUCUUAAUCUCACCUUCGCGAUUCCGGUGGCGCUUGUUCUGGCGGUCUUUUACAGCAGGCCCGUAAGGUGCAUUGUGACUUUGGCCCUUCCCUCGCUGUGCAGCUCUCGGGGAAGGGCGUUCCUCAUCAGCCUUGCCUUUGUUAUUGCCGCAGUUGGGCCUACGGCGAACAUUCUAGCCAAUUUGAAGGUGAUGCUCCGCAGCCUCGCUUGCGGACAGGAGCUAUUGCGUCAGGCGCUUGGCCAGAUGUUGGACGUAAUACUGGAGCCGGUGAAUGCCAUCCAGCUAGCGGUGGAUCUCUUGAUGCGGGAAGUGCGUCGGGUGCUCAAGCUGGCCAUGGUAGUGCUGUUACGCAUUCAGGACCAAUUGAUCGCAAUUAGUGAGUAUCUGUAUUAAAAAGUGCUGCAGUUUUCUCUGCUGAUUCAUUUUUGUAGUUAAAACCCUGAAGAACUGCGCCGCUUGGCUGAAAUCCAUCGUAGACCUGUGCAACACAGAAAUGGGCACUCCCUGGGCACGUUGCAAAAAGACGGCGCAUCACGCAAUGAUCAGGUGCCAGUCAAAGAUGGGCGUAUUCAAGGCGCUAUGCCAUGCUGCAAAGCUGUUUCUGGCCCUCUGCUAUCCAGCCAAGAUCAUCGAUGUGUUUUGCAGCGGUUACUGGGAUCUCAGCUGGGGUCUUCUUGAUAAAAUCGCAGAACGCUACCGUGAAUUUGUGCGGCACAUCGAGGAAAUGUUUGAUGCCAAUAUCACUUUUGAGCACGAAUUUUUCUUCGAUACAAACUCUUCAAAGAGCCUGACGGACGUGGGGGAGGAAAUUUUACAGGAUAUUAACAAGCGUCUGUCGUCGUUUAUCUUCUUGAGCAGCUUUGUGGACAUUCUCUGCUGGGUCAUGGUGGUUACUGUAUUUUUUAAGUAGGCAAGAGCUUAAUCAUCUUAUUAAUUUAGUGUUGGUGAUGCCUCAAUUGUUCCCAUCAGAGCCACCAUCUUCUACCUUCGAUAUAUGCACAGCCGGCAAUUUCAGAAUGUGUUCUUGACAAAGAUACUAAGUGAUAUCGACCGGCGGCACGAAAAGCACGGUUACGAUCCACUGCUACCCCUUCAUCAGCUUGAAAGGGCAAAGUAUAUGAAGCUUACUAGCUUGCGUUUGACUUUGUUUGAGUUCGUGUCCAUUGUUGAGAACGCCUGUUUCAUGGCCACAACCUGCUUGCAGUUGUUUGCGAUUUGCUUUCUGGAUUACGGGCUGUUCUGGCUGUUGGCAACUAUAUCCCUCCAUGGCCACCAAGAGACUGGGCUGGAGGUGCCCGCUUACGUCGAUCUAGAGAUUAAGGGUGGGGGCUUUGUGGCGGAUGUCAUGCGGGGAAUCGCUAAUGCCUUUCGACCCUUGACGCAAAAAAGCAUUUUAGACGUGAAUCCUUGCCUCCCGCUGCCCGUGAAACCUGAUUAUGCGGAGUAUCUAAUUAUAUUAUUACUCUGUCUGCUCGCUUGGCUGAUCCUUUUGGCCGAGCCGUAUAUUUUGCGUACUCGCCAUCUUAUAAUGGCCCACUUUUAUCCAAAACGCGCCAAGGAAAGAGGCAUGUUUCUGUACAACAUGAUUUCCGAAGAUAGAACAAGCAUUUUUAAGUUUAUCCGCCGCAGAAAGCGUAAUGAGUUUAACCACACACGGAAUGUGAAGCACACCAGAAACUACACUUGGCUGAACAAUAGAUUCUCCUGUUUAAUGUGCAUGUGCUCCUGCUGCUCAUCCUGUCAAAGCACUGAGAGGUGCACCAUAUGUGGCCGAUCUCUGACUCUUUCAAAUCGUAACCCCUGCGACACUCCUGGAUGCAAAGGGGUUUAUUGCGGUAAAUGCUUUGAAAAGUCACACAAUAAGUGUUGUCUGUGCAAUCGACCAGUGGAUUAUGGUGAUUUUUCCGACGUUACUGAAGUAGACGACUCUUCGGACUAUUCUGAAAAAGAGUCUUUUAGCGAAAGGCAGUACAGGAAGACCUGUGGAGGACAACGCUAGCAACGAGGGAAAAACAGUUAAACAUAGAGGUUGUGAGCGCAUACACGUUAUGCAGAUAGCUCAGAAAUAUAAUAUUUCCACCUAUU